AUGUUACUCGAAUUCGACGGCCUAAAGGAUAUUGCACUGGCCUGUGGCGCUGCACACCUGCACACUGCAACCGGGAAUAUGCAAUUGCAGGAAGCCGGUUUCGCAUAUUAUUCUCGCGCGACGUCUCAGGUCAGUCGAGCCCUCAGCAAUAUUGAUUGGAGCCGUGAUCAGUACAAUGACGCCGUAUCGAUGACCGUUACCUUUUUGUAUAUCCAUGGACUGUUCGACAUGGGCACGAACAAAGAUGUCCCGAAACAUGUUAAUGGCGCCAUCCAACUGAUGAAUGUUCGCUGCCGAAACUCACAUUCCUCCCCACUGGCACGACCAAUCCACCGUAUUCUCUGGGAGUCCAUCCUUUAUCAAAUGUUCCGUCAGACUGUUCGACAUCCAUUUACAAUUGACUUUCAGCCUGACCUGGAUUUCGCAACAAAAGCAGAAUCGAUCUUGCGAUCGCUGGCAUUUCCCGAUGCUUCGUUGGCAGAUAACAGCCCCGUAAUUGGUUUUCCCUUGAAGCUCCAGAAGCUCAUGCUCGAAAUAGUCCAGCUUUGCAAAACUUUGUCUCGGCCCGAGGACCAUGUACUACGUCGACUGCACAAAGAGAUGAAGCAAUGGGAAACAUCAAUCCCAGACGACGGUUGUUGCAGCGACGACGAUAACGAGGUUGGCAUACCAGGUAACCGAAAACAACGUGCUCGGUCAUUCUAUGAGCACUCCACGAGCCUGCAUAUUCUCGCGGCAUCCCUACUUCUGGACUGGGUCUCUAAAUCUACUGCAGUCUCUGACCCCGCACGCCGUCAUGUAACUCCAUGCAGUGAAUCGUGGCAGGUUGGUAGGGCUCUACAGAUAAUGCGAUGUUCUCGAGCCAAAGAAGACUGGUCAAAGUGCUAUCUUGGUUCAUGGCCAACUCUAGUCAUUGGUUAUGCAGUGGAUUCCCCCGAAGAUGUCGCUUUGAUACGAGAAGACCUGGAACACAGGUAUCAGACACUAUAUUGCAGAGAGGAACUCUCGUUCCUCGCCGAGCUAGAGGACGUCUGGCAGAAAAAAGGCAUCUUGGUACGGUGA